GAGUGGAAGGAGGAAGACGACGGGCUGGAGAGGAGGACGACGAGGUGGGGGGGGGAAGGAGAACAAAAGUGAGGAGGACGGCGAGGAUGGAGAGGAGUACGACGAGGGAUAAGAGGAGGAGAAGCGGAUGGGCAGGAUGACGGCAGGAGGAAGUGUGGAGGAGGACGAAGACGAGGAGAGGCAGAAGAGGGGGGAGACGAGGAGAACCAGAAGAGGGGGGAGACGAGGGGGAGGUGGAGGAGGAGGAGGAGCAGCGGAGGAGAAUGAGGGGGAGGAGGACGAUGGGCUGGUGACACUCACCGUCGGGGACAGCAGUAUGGCGACAGGCGGGAUGGGCUGCUCCUCCUCCUCAACGGCAGCAAUGAUAGGCAAGAUGGCGACGGGCAGAACGGCGACGCAGUAGGGUGGCGAACGGUGAUGGGCAGGACGGCGCGAACAGCAGAUGGCUGGCGAAUGGCGACGGGCAGGACGGCGCGAAACCAAGUGUGCCCUGAAAUAG